AUGGCUCUUAAGCUUCUCAACCUCGUCGUUCUCAUACUAAUAGUUUCAAUUGGCGCAAACUCCUCACCUUUUGAUUUCAUAAAAAACCUAGAAGGUUGUCGCAAGGGAAACAAUACAAAAGAGAUCUACAAGCUCAAAACCUACCUCAAAAGAUUUGGUUACCUCGGACACGAACAUCUCUCCGAAAAUGAAGCCGACGACAACGACUUCAAUGACAUCCUAGAGUUGGCCGUCAAGACCUAUCAGAGAAACUACAACAUCAAGCCCACCGGAAUAAUAGAUGUCGACACGGUAGCAAGAAUGGCAGCCCCGCGAUGUGGGGUCCCUGAUAUCAUCAACGGCGUCAACCACAUGCAAUCCGGCAGCUACUACGCCUUCGUUCUCAACGACAAGUGGAUGCCAUCUAAUAGGCAUCUCACCUACAAGUUCUUGGGCAACUUCCCCGACGUCGCCAAGCUUCCGGCUGCCCUCGCCUUUCAAAGGUGGGCGUCUGUCACAAAGUUCACCUUCUCGGAAGUUAAUGUCACUCAGAAAAGUGACCUAACCCUAGAGUUUUUCCGAGGUGACCAUGGCGACGGUUACCCCUUUGAUGGCCGCGGCGGGGUCCUAGCCCAUUCAUUUUAUCCUACGGAUGGAAGGUUCCAUUUUGAUCUUGAUGAACUGUGGUUCUAUCUUCUUAAAGACAAGAAUUCUUUUGACCUUCUAACUAUCUCUCUUCAUGAAAUCGGGCACCUUCUAGGGCUGCAGCAUAGCACCGUAGAGACAGCAGUCAUGUUUCCAACAUUUCAAGGUGGAGAGACUAAAGAUUUGGGUCAAGAUGAUAUUCUAGGAAUUAGGGCUUUAUAUAAACUCUAG